GCGCGGACGCGGCGCUGGCGCAGCGAUGGCGGAGGCCGUGGAGCGCACUGACGAGCUGGUCCGCGAGUACCUGCUCUUCCGCGGCUUCACGCACACACUGCGGCAGCUGGACGCCGAGAUCAAGGCGGACAAGGAGAAGGGGUUCCGGCCCCUACUUAGACGUGAUCUUCCCUUGAGAAGUUCUUGGAACUUGCAGGUGGACAAGAUUGUGGACCAGCUGCAGCAGUUAAUGCAGGUGUAUGACUUGGCUGCCCUUCGGGAUUAUUGGAGCUACUUAGAGCGGCGGCUCUUCAGCCGCUUGGAGGAUAUAUAUAGACCCACCAUCAACAAACUGAAAACCAGCUUGUUCCGCUUUUAUCUCGUCUACACAAUCCAGACAAACAGAAACGACAAGGCUCAGGAGUUCUUUGCAAAGCAGGCCACGGAGCUCCAGAACCAGGCUGAAUGGAAGGAUUGGUUUGCCUUGCCCUUCUUGCCAUCCCCAGACACCAACCCCACCUUUGCUACCUACUUUUCUCGACAGUGGGCUGACACCUUCAUUGUGUCCCUGCACAACUUCCUGAGCGUCCUAUUUCAGUGUAUGCCAGUUCCCGUGAUCCUGAACUUCGACGCGGAGUGCCAGCGGACCAACCAGGUCCAAGAAGAAAAUGAGGUUCUGCGCCAGAAGCUUUUUGCAUUGCAAGCCGAAAUCCACCGACUAAAGAAAGAGGAGCAACAGCCAGAAGAGGAAGAGGCCUUGGUCCAACACAAAUUGCCUCCGUAUGUCUCCAACAUGGACCGUUUUGGGGACUCGGAACUAGCCAUGGUGUGCAACCAGAGGAACACCUCCCUCUCUCAGUCACCUCGUGGGGGCUUCCUGUCCUCGCUGCUGCCGCAGAGUAAGAAGAGCCCUUCAAGGUUGUCACCUGCUCAGGGGCCCCCUCAGAUUCAGAGCUCGGCCAAGAAAGACUCCUUCAGCAGCCAGGUAAGCUCAAAUCCCGCCUCUCUAACUUUGCCAAGAGGCCUGUGACAUCUAACCUGUGUUGAGAUCUGCAAGUGCAGACUGUGUGUUCCCCUUUGGCUGAUUUCUCUGGUGUGCCGAGGCAUUCCGUUUCUUCCUCUCCGCCUUUCCCCUCACAGACGAGUAUGAUUCUGCAGGAUGAGACUGUUGGGAGGGUAUAGAGGAGGCACCGAGAAGGAAA